CCCAGUGGGAAAGGAAAGCGUCUCCCUGAAGUCUAUUGCAUCGUCAGCCACUUGGGAUGCUUCCACCUCUUCUCCAAGGUAUAGUAUACUGUACAUCAGCCUCCUGGUUGCCACCUCUCAUCCUGUAUCCCAUCAAACCCAGGAUUCGAGCUGGCAACUCUUCCAUUACUGGCCCGUCUCUCUAACCUCUAGGCUACUUGCUGACCUCUCUGUCCUGCCCUGUGUGUGUGUCCGCCAGGUCCUGGAUGAGGUGGAGAGGAGGAGGGCCCUGUCUCCAGCCCUGGUCCAACCCUUCAUGAGGGCCAUUAUGGAGGCUCCGUUUCCUGCCCCUGGCAGACCCAUCACCAUAAAAACCUUCCUGCCCGGAUCUGGUACUGAGGUAGGUCCUCGAUUUUACGUUAUUCUCCAAAGAAGACCUCCAAUAAUAUUACAUACAGAUGCCAUGCAAAGUCUUUGAGUUGAAGAGUUCUUUGCUGCGUCCGUUUUGUAUUACUUAGUAAAAUAUAUCUCACUCUCCAUUCUCUUUGUCUCUCUCUCCUCUUCUCACUCUCUGUCUUUCUCUCUCUGUCACCCCCUGUCUGUUUAUCUCUCCCCCCCUUCUUUCUACCCCCAUCUCCUGUCUCAGGUAAUGGAGCUGUGUCGUCCAUCUGACUCUCGUCUGGAGCACGUGGACUUUGAGUGUCUCUUCUCCUGUCUGAGUCUGCGUCUGCUACUCAGGGUCUUUGGUUCUCUCCUGCUGGAACGUAGGGUCAUCUUCACUGCAGACAAACUCAGGUGUGAUGCCAUUAGCCUGAUAGGCUACUCAGCACUUUAUGGCAUAGUUAAUAAGUAGAAAUCAAAACAAUUUGAUGUAUUAUUUUACAAUUAUAUUUUAUUUCAAAGCAGCCACAAAGCAUCCCCAAAGAUGGUAGUAUAGCUGGGACUGUGGAUUUUAUAGCUGAGAGGAAAAACACAAGAGACAGAAUAAACAGAGAAAAUAAAAUAGUGGCACAGCCUCAUGGUUCAAAUGUUUUUCUUCAAUGUGACAGGGAGAUAUUGAGUGAAGCCUGCUGUUGUGUUGAUUCUGUCCCUUUUAGAAACUGUUUAUUUCUCUUUGGAAAAUGCCUGUGAGAGCCAGAGAUGGCUAGGGCCACUGGGGUCAGUGUGCUUCUACACCUGCAUUACUAGCUGUUUGGGGUUUUAGGCUGGGUUUCUGUACAGCACUUCGAGAUAUUAGCUGAUGUAAGAAGGGCUAUAUAAAAUAAAAUUGAUUGAUUGAUUGAUAGUAGAAGAGAGGUACGCAGAGUGGAAUGACAUAGUUGUCCUAGAGUUGGGUUCCCCAACUGGCGGCCCACGGGUGAUUAUGAUCAUUUUCUUUUACAUUGUUGGACAUAAAAGACUGUAAAACACCAGCAAAUUAGGAAAUAUAUUCCAAAGUAUUCCCAUGCAUAAUAGAGAGGUAUACACUGAGUAUACGAUACAUUGCAGCCCCCCCCACCCCACCCCACACACACGCAUCCUUUUUGCCCUCAGAACAGCCUCAAUUGGUCGGGCAUGGACUAUAAAAGGUGUCGAAAGCGUUCCACAUGGGUGCUGGCCCAUGUUGACUCCAAUGUUUCCCACAUCUGUGUCAAGUUGGCUGGAUGUCCUUUGGGUGGUGGACCAUUCUUGAUACACAUGGGAAACUAAUGAGCAGGAAAAACCUAGCAGCGUUACAGUUCUUGACACAAACUGGUGCGCCUUGCACCUACUAACAUACCCCGUUCAAAGGCACCUAAAUAUUUUGUCUUGCCCAUUCACCCUCUGAAAGGCACAUAUACACAAUCCAUGUCUCAAUUAUCUCAAGGCUUAAAAAUCCUUCUUUAACCUGUCUCCUCCACUUCAUCUACACCGUUUGAAGUGGAUUUAACAAGUGCCAUCAAUAAAGGAUCCUAGCUUUCACUUGGAUUCACCUGGUCAGUCUAUGUCAUGGAAAGAGCAGGUGUUUUGUAUACUCUGUGUAUGUGAUCAUAUAUAAAUGUAAGCAAGGUUUGAAAUGAUUGGGUUUUAGUCAAAUAUUAUAUAUGCUUGGGCUUCUUGUGGUCAAUUUCCAGUCUACAUAUUUUUUGUAAUUAUGUUCCGGACCCCUGACCAUCUGCUCAAAAUCAAAUCAAAUCAAAUGUAAUUGGUCACAUACACAUAUUUAGCAGAUGUUAUUGAGGGUGUAGCGAAAUGCUUGUGUUCCUAGCUACAACAGUGCAGUGGUAACUAACAAUUCACAACAAUACACACAAAUCUAAAAGUAAAAUAAUGGAAUUAAGAAAUAUAUAAAUAUUAGGACGAGCAAUGUCUGAGUGGCAUUGACUAAAAGUACAGUAUAUACAUAUGAAAUGAGUAAAACAGUAUGUAAACAUUAUUGAAGUGUAUAGUGUUCCAUUUAAAGUGACCAGUAAUUCCAUGUCUAUGUACAUAGGGCAGCAGCCUCUAAGGUGCAGGGUUGAGUAACCGGGUGGUAGCCGGCUAGUGAUGGCUAUUUAACAGUCUGAUUGAUAGCCUUGAGAUAGAAGCUGUUUUUCAGUCUCUCGGUCACAGCUUUGAUGCACCUGUACUGACCUUGCCUUCUGGAUGAUAGCGGGGUGAACAGGCUAUGGCUCAGGUGGUUGAUGAUUGAGUGCUGUAGGUGUCCUGGAGGGCAGGCAGUGUGCUCCCGGUGAUGUGUUGGGCAGACCGCACCACACUCUGGAGAGCCCUGCGGUUGCGGGCGGUGCAGUUGCCGUACCAGGCGGUGAUACAGCCUGACAGGAUGCUCUCAAUUGUACAUCUGUAAAAGUUUGUGAGGGGACAAGCCACAUUUCUUCAGCCCCCUGAGGUUGAAGAGGCACUGUUGCGCCUUCUUCACCACAGUCUCAAUGUGGGUGGACCAUUUCAGAUUGUCAGUGAUGUGUACACUGAGGAACUUUAAGCUUUUCACCUUCUCCACUGCGGUCCCGUCGAUGUGAAUAGGGGCAUGCUUUCUCUGUUGUCUCCUGAAGUCCACGAUCAGCUCCUUUGUUUUGUUGACGUUGAGGGAGAGGUUAUUUUCCUGGCACCACUCCACCAGGGCCCUCAUCUCCUCCCUGUAGGCUGUCUCAUCAUUGUUGGUAAUCAGGCUUACUACUGUUGUGUCGUCUGCAAACUUGAUGAUUGAGUUGGAGGCGUGCGUGGCCACGCAGUCAUGGGUGAACAGGGAGUUCAGGAGGGGGCUGAGCACGCACCCUUGUGGGGCCCCUGUGUUGAGGAUCAGCGUAGUGGAGGUGUUGUUUCCUACCUUCACCACCUGGGGGCGGCCCGUCAGGUAGUCCAAGACCCAGUUGCACAGGGCGGGGUUCAGACCCAGGUCCCCGAGCUUAAUGAUGAGCUUGGAGGGUACUAUGCUGUUGAAGUCUGAGCUAUAGUCAAUGAACAGCAUUCUUACAUAGGUAUUCCUCUUGUCCAGACGGGAUAGGGCAGUGUGCAGUGCAAUGGUGAUUGCAUCAUCUGUGGAUCUAUUGCGGCAGCAUGCAAAUUGAGUGGGUCUAGGGUGUCAGGUAAGGUGGAGGUGAUAUGAUCCUUAACUAGCCUCUCAAAGCACUUCAUGAUGACAGAAGUGAGUACUACGGAGUGAUAGUCAUUUAGUUCAGUUACCUUUGCUUUCUUGGGCACAAAAACAAUGGUGGACAUCUUGAAGCAUGUGGGGACAGCAGACUUGAAUAGGGAGAGGUUGAAUAUGUCCGUAAACACUCCAGCCUUCUGGUCUGCGCAUGUUCUGAGGACGCGGCUAGGGAUACCGUCUGGACCGGCAGCCUUGCGAGGGUUAUCACGCUUAAAUGUCUUACUCACGUUGGCCACGGAGAACGAAAGCCCACAGUCCUUGGGAGAAGACCGCAUCAGUGGCACUGUGUUAUCCUCAAUGCAGGCAAAGAAGGUGUUUAGCUUGUCCGGGAGCAAAUGUCUGUGUCCGCGAAGUGACUGGUUUUCCCUUUGUAAUCUGUGAUUGUCGGUAGACCCUGCCACAAAUGCCUUGUGUCUGAGCCAUUUCAUUGAACCUCCACUCUGUCACUGUACUGACGUUUUGCCUGUUUGAUUGCCUUACGGAGGGAAUAAUUACACUGUUUGUAUUCGACCAUAUUCCCAGUCUCCUUGCCAUGGUUAAAUGCGGUGGUUGAGGCUUUCAGUUUUGCACGAAUACUGCCAUCUAUCCAAAGUUUUUGGUUUGCGUAAGUUUUAAUAGUCACAGUGGGAACAACAUCCCCUAUACACUUCCUGAGGAACUAAUUCACGUGUCCAUGUAUACGUCAAUGUUAUUCUCAGAGGCAACCCGGAACAUAUCCCAGUCUGCGUGAUCAAAACAAUCUUGAAACAUGGAUUCUGAUUGUUCAGACCAGCAUUGAAUAGACCUUAGCACGGGUACUUCCUGUUUGAGAUUCUGCCUAUAGGAAGGGAGGAGCAGAAUGGAGUUGUGAUCUGAUUUGCUGAAGGGAGGGCGGGGGAGGGCCUCGUAGCCAUCCUGGAAGGGAGAGUAACAAUGGUUGAGAGUUUUUGUUGCGCGAGUACUAGAGGCAAUGUGUUGAUAGAACUUCGGAAGCGUUUUCCUCAAAUUUGCUUUGUUAAAAUCCCCAGCUACAAUAAAUGCGGCCUCAGGUUAUGUGGUUUCCAGUUUGCACAAAGCCCAGUGUAGUUCCUUGAGGGCCAUCGUGGUAUCGGCUUGAGGGGGAUAUACAUGGCUGUGACUAUAACUGAAGAGAAUUCUCUUGGGUGGUAAUACCGUCGACAUUUGAUUGUGAGAUAUUCUAGGUCAGGUGAACAAAAGGACUUGAGGUCCUGUACAUUAUCACAAUCACACCACACCUUUCUUCUUCCCAGAGAGUUCUUUAUUCCUGUCUGCGCGAUGUACUGAGAACCCAGCUGUCUGUAUGGACGGAGACAGUAUUUUCAGAGAGAGCCAUGGUUCCGUGAAACAGAGUAUGUUACAGUCCAUGAUGUCUCUCAGGAAGGAGAUCCUCGCCCUGAGCGUGUCUACUUUAUUGUCCAAGGACUGAACAUUAGCGAGUAAAACACUCGGAAGCGGUGGAUUGUGUGCACGCCUCCUGAGUCUGACUAGAAGUUCACUCUGAAUACCUCUUCUUUGCCAGCAGCAUCUUGGAGCAGCAUCUGGGAUAAGUUCAAUUGCCCUGGGGGGUACGAACAAAGGAUCAAAUUCGGGAAAGUCGUAUUUCUGGUUGUAAUAGUCGUAUUUCUGGUCGUAAAAAAUGUGGCCCGCGGCUGUAUCUACUUAAUGAUCCCUGUCCUAGAGUGAAGGAAAAUGCCCCCCUGUGGGAAAUAUGGGCAUUGAGGAGAAAUCCAAAAAUGACAGCGGAAGUUAUUGUAUUUUGACGAAGGACAAAAUAUUUCACACCACACUGCCGACUAGUGGUGAAAAUAUGCACAUACAAACUUUUUAAAGAGCAACUGAAGGCGAUAAACAUCUACAGUGAGGGAAAAAAGUAUUUGAUCCCCUGCUGAUUUUGUACGUCUGCCCACUGACAAAGAAAUAAUCAGUCUAUAAUUUUAAUGGUAGGUUUAUUUGAACAGUGAGAGACUGAAUAACAACAAGAAAAUCCAGAAAAGGCUGAUGUUCGUCAACUCGAACCUUCAGCUCCCUCCACAGAUUUUCUAUGGGAUUAAGGUCUGGAGACUGGCUAGGCCACUCCAGGACCUUAAUGUGCUUCUUCUUGAGCCACUCCUUUGUUGCCUUGGCCGUGUGUUUUGGGUCAUUGUCAUGCUGGAAUACUCAUUCCACGACCCAUUUUCAAUGCCCUGGCUGAGGGAAGGAGGUUCUCAACCAAGAUUUGACGGUUCAUUGCCCCGUCCAUCGUCCCUUUGAUGCGGUGAAGUUGUCCUGUCCCCUUAGCAGAAAAAUACCCCCAAAGCAUAAUGUUUCCACCUCCAUGUUUGACGGCGGGGAUGGUGUUGUAGGGGUCAUAGGCAGCAUUCCUCCUCCUCCAAACACGGCGAGUUUAGUUAAUGCCAAAGAGCUCGAUUUUGGUCUCAUCUGACCACGACACUGUCACCCAGUUCUCCUCUGAAUCAUUCAGAUGUUCAUUGGCAAUCUUCAGACGGCCCUGUAUAUGUGCUUUCUUGAGCAGGGGGACCUUGCGGGCGCUGCAGGAUUUCAGUCCUUCACGGUGUAGUGUGUUACCAAUUGUUUUCUUGCUCCCAGCUGCCUUGAGAUCAUUGACAAGAUCCUCCCGUGUAGUUCUGGGCUGAUUCCUCACCGUUCUCAUGAUCAUUGCAACUCCACGAGGUGAGAUCUUGCAUGGAGCCCCAGGUUGAGGGAGAUUGACAGUUAUUUUGUCUUUCUUCCAUUUGCGAAUAAUCGCACCAACUGUUUUCACCUUCUCACCAAGCUGCUUGGCGAUGGUCUCGUAGCCCAUUCCAGCCUUGUGUAGGUCUACAAUCUUGUCCCUGACAUCCUUGGAGAGCUCUUUGGUCUUGGCCAUGGUGGAGAGUUUGGAAUCUGAUUGAUUGAUUGCUUCUGUGGACAGGUGUCUUUUAUACAGGUAACAAACUGAGAUUAGGAGCACUCCCUUUAAGAGUGUGCUCCUAAUCUCAGCUCGUUAUCUGUAUAAAAGACACCUGGGAGCCAGAAAUCUUUCUGAUUGAGAGGGGGUCAAAUACUUUUUUCCCUCAUUAAAAUGCAAAUCAAUUUAUAACAUUUUUGACUUGCGUUUUUCUGGAUUUUUUUGUUAUUAUUCUGUCUCUCACUGUUCAAAUAAACCUACCAUUAUAGACUGAUCAUUUCUUUGUCAGUGGGCAAACGUACAAAAUCAGCAGGGGAUCAAAUACUUUUUUCCCUCACUGUAUGUGGCAUCAAUAUGAGUCAUUACAAUGUAUUCUAGUGUCAAAAUUGACUACAAAGUGUAAAUAGAUAAAACGUGUACUACAAAGUGUAAAUAUUGGGAUGCAAACCAAAAAUUGAAUACAUUUCAACUAUAUGGUACAGGUGUUUUCUUUUUUUUUGCCCAUAACCAUGUGUGUGAGGUGUAUACUUUUGUUUCAAAGUAGAUUUGACUACCAAGAAACAAUCUGUGUGACCCUGAUUUAGCCAACUGCAGUAAAAUGUUAUUAAUGAGACAACUAAAAGGUGUGCAACCAUUUACAUUGUGUAAUUUAUUGACGGUCCCUAACUAGCCCCGAGCUAGACUGUCCAAAGUCAAACCAACUCUGUCACGGUCUCACACCAGCAGGCUGAAGCUAAUUGUGGAAAGAAGUUGCCUAGCCUAGGCAACCUCAAGACACAAGGUUAGACUGUUUAAAGUUAUCUAGAAGGGUGAGAGACUGUAACUGUGUACUGUUUUGGCACAGUGAAUGUACAAACGCUUGCCACGUACGAACACACACACACACACACACACACACACACAAGACAACUCUCCUUUGGCUACAGUCAUGGCCGCUGAAUUUCUUAAUGAGUAAGCUAAAAAACUAGGCCAAAUCAGUAUGUUCAGCCCCCAUUUAAUGAACCUUUUUUAGAAUGCAGCAAAGAAUACAGUGAGUAUACCAUGAAACCUGUUGUGAUUCAACUUGGAGGAUAAAUAACUAACUGUUAGAUAACUUGAAUCACUUACCAUUUCUCUUCUCUGCAGUACUCUGUCUCAGUGCUGCCAUGCAGUGGUGGCUCUACUCUACCCGUUCACCUGGCAGCACACCUACAUCCCCGUGCUGCCCCCUGCCAUGCUGGACAUAGUGUGUACCCCCACCCCCUUCAUCGUAGGGCUACUGUCCAGCUCCCUCCCACAGCUCACAGAGCUACCCCUAGAGGAGGUGAGAAUACAACCCCUGUCUGGUGCUCAAAUCUCAACAGGAGAAUAUACAGUAUGUACUGUCGAUAUGUUUUGGGGUGCUGUAAUCCACAAGGAAUUGAAGUUUGAUGGCCAGGACUCACACACCCUAUCUGCUUUCCCUCCUCCACAGGUGCUGGUGGUUGACCUUAGAAACAGUCGCUUCCUCAGACAGGUACUGUUACUUCACAGAUUACCCUGAAAUACACAGAUUUAGCCUAGUCCUGGACUCAAAUGCAGCUUCAUUAUGUUCACUUCAUCUAAGUCUGUGAUAUUUAGCUAAUCAUGUAUAUUGUGUUUCUCUUGAAUGUCCAUGUCAGCUGGAUGAUGAGGACUCUAUCCUGCCUUCUAAACUCCAGUCAGCCCUAGAGACAGUCCUGGAGAGGAGGAGAGAACUGGCGUCAGAGCGAGGAGGACACAGUCCGAAU